AUGGUCAGAACGAGGCGCACAGCGCUUGAGCCUGAUGACGAGGCAUCAAAUACUGCAGCUGAAUCCUCCGAUAAGGUCAGGGGAUCGCAGUCGACGAAACGACGUACGAAAGACAAGCCAACGCCACAUAUUGUUACCACGAGAAACACAAGGAAGAGGAAACGGGAAGAUACAAGACAGGAUGUGCCACCAGCGAAACGGGCUGCCCCUAGGAGGCCGGUGGCAUCGCGACCUUCCAAGACGGUGGUAGACGAUGAGCAUGCGGAUGAUGUCCCAGAUGAUGCGCUUCUGAAGGACAUUAACGAAAAAGCGGCCCAUAAACCACGAACAAAGAGGACAGUGGGCGCUCGUCAGGAGGAGGAUGUAGCAGCUGAGGAUCAGUUGCUGCGCGAGAGUCAGGCCACGGAGGAGGUUAUAGGUGCACAGGAUGAAGAGGAGGAUACAGAGUCACGGCAAGAAGAGGACACUGAGGAAUCGAACAGCGACGAAGAAGGGACAGCAGACGGCAAGGAAUCUGCUGCCACUGUUGAACAGGGCAGUGACGAUGAAGUGGCGGAGACUCAGCAGGAGAACGAUACGGACGGCGGAGAUAACAACGGCCACGUCCCAGCGGUAACAAGCUCCGCCGACCCUCGGUCUUCACAAAUCGAAAAUUUAGAGAACAUCGCACGUAUAGAUGUGAUUUCAACAGACAUGGCCUACAUUGAACCGGAACGCCAAGGCAGACGUCCCCUGACGUUCUUACUCAAAUGUGACGGGCUCAACUCAAUGAUCAAAGAGAUGGGGAAGAAAGGCUGGAUGGAUGAGAAAAACGAAUGGGUAAACGAGCUCCUUAGAGUGGAAGAAGGUUCCGACGCCGAGACCGAGUCCGAAUGGCAGAAUCGUCACUCUGCAGUCGUCAAGACGGAAAAUGGCCUUAAACUCUUCCGAGAGAUUAUGUCUCUGUGGCAACAAUGCAAGGACAUCCCCAAGGCAUCAGCAUUAGAGGAGCAGUCGCAGUAUUUGCGAACCAACUCUCGAAAAAUUCAGGCUAAACUCGCAAACGUACGCCAUUUAACGAGUCAGAUCACAGACCAAGGGUCACGGCCGUUGGAAAACAAUUCGAAGAAGAGGAAGGCUGCCGCCCGGAAACAAGCUCAGCUGUUGAGCUGCGUAUGCCAGAGGUUGAUGCCGGCUCUUGUUUUAGCAUUGAAGGAGGCACUGCUUCUAGGAGGGUAUUAUCGAGUAGAGACCAAACCAGAGACGAUUAGGGGCCAGACCGGACAGUUUAUGGCGUGCACUUUACAAUUCGCACUUCACAUCGUCGGGUUUAUUGACAAGUUGUACAAAGUGGUGUCACCGAAACAGGACGCCGAUGACAGCUACGAGCCGGCGGCGCAAAAGAAGCAAAGAAGUCGCAGAUUGGCGUUUGGAAAUCACUUACGGGUACUGGAACCUCGAAUAGUAGCUGGCAUGGAAGAGCUCAAGCGCCUUGCUUGGGCUCCCGUGCGUCAAAUCCAGCAGGUGGAGCAAACCAAACGCGCCAGGCAAGUGGAAGCAGAAAUGAAGCGCGAAAUCAGAGAACAAAAGGAUAGGCAAUGGAGGCGGUUUGUGGCCUCGACUUGGCGUCCAUCUAAAGAGCCGCCUGAAGAGCCGCCUGAAGAGGCACCUGAAGAGACACCUGAAGAGGCUCGGUAUUAUGAAGAACAUGGUUGGCGAGUGCAGGAAGAUAAGAUACUCCUGGAGGCGAUACGCGCGAUACGCAAAACAAAGUCUCCGGACAUGUCUUUGGAUCUGUCUGCGUUGACUGCGCAGAUGCCGCGUCGAACGAGAACAGAAGUCCAAUGUAGGAUUGGCCAACUGAGGAAAUUGAUGAAGGCGAAAUUUGAGGCGGCGAAGAAGGAGCCGCCGAAAUGGUGUUAUGAUUAA